AAGGCGACCCAUAUUUAUAAAGGGGGGAAAUCCACAAGUACACGAAAGCACCUAACGCCUACUGGACAUAAAUAAUUGAGGCCAAAAUAUUUGACCUUUCUUCCUUGUUCGUUCCUUCUCCCCUGCUAUCUAUAAUUUUUCCAGAAUUUAGCUGCUGCAGGUUAUGGAUGUAAGAACUUUGUUAAAGGUGGUUAUAAUCACGUGCUUAAUCGCCUCUUCAACUGGUAGAGAACUCAAAGUGAAGGAUCAAAGGACAAUCUACAAUCAUACGCUUGCCACCAUAUUGGUGGAAUAUGCUGCAACGGUCUAUAUCUCAGAUUUGACAGAACUAUUUACUUGGACAUGCCCAAGAUGUGAUGAUUUGACGAAGGGGUUUCAAAUUAUAGAGCUCAUUGUUGAUGUGAAGCGAUGUCUACAGGCAUUUGUGGGGGUGGCUCCAGAUCUUAAUGCCAUUGUAAUUGCUUUCCGAGGCACUCAAGGAACCAGCAUACAGAAUUGGAUUGAGGAUCUAUACUGGAAGCAGCUUGAUAUAGAUUAUCCUGGAACGGAAGAUGCAAUGGUGCAUCAUGGAUUUUAUUCUGCUUACCACAAUACAACAUUACGCCCUGGAGUGCUAAGUGCUGUUAAAACAGCAAAAGACCUAUAUGGAGACAUUCCUAUUAUGGUGACAGGGCAUUCAAUGGGAGGGGCCAUGGCUGCUUUUUGUGGAUUGGAUCUCACAGUAAAUCUUGGCUCGCGGAAUGUUUCAGUUAUGACAUUUGGACAACCUCGAAUUGGCAAUGCUGCUUUUGCGUCCUACUAUAGCAAACGGGUGCCAAAUACAAUUCGUGUCACACAUGAACAUGAUAUUGUGCCUCAUCUGCCCCCGUACUAUUACUAUUUCCCUCAAAAAACUUAUCAUCAUUUUCCUACAGAGGUCUGGCUCCAUAACACCGGCCUUGGAAUUCUUGCUUAUACAGUUGAAAAGGUCUGUGAUAAUUCCGGGGAAGACCCUUCUUGUAGCAGGUCAGUGGCUGGUAACAGUAUUAAGGAUCAUCUGAGAUAUUAUGGUGUAAGAUUAGGAGGUGAGGAGGAUCCAGGAUUCUGCAGAAUUGUGAUGGAUCGUGGUCUUGCUGCACAUGGCACAGUAGAUGUUGACGGAAAUGUCAUCCUAUCCAGAGAUAUUCCUGCUUCUGUUUUGAGGAUGAAUGUGGAAUCUAAUGAGCAAGGCAGAUCGGUAUAGAGAUUUUUUGGGAUCAUUACUUGGCUUCGCCAAGAUUGGAGAGGAGGUGAGCGGAGUUUCCUCGUAAGGCUUAAAUUGAGCUGUACCCAGUCAUUGAGCUGUACCCAGUCAAUUGUGCAGUUUGGUACUACGCUGGGGAGAUCAUAUAUAUAGUUCAUUUUUAUCUUAUAUGUACAUAUCACUCAUGUAAAUAACAAUAAAAACUCACUAUUGUAAAUUAUAAUGAACUAAGCUCAAUUUAAGAAACGGAAACAAUGCUCAAAUCUGAA